AUGGUCGCAAUCCACAUCGCGGCAGAUGUACCACAGAAUCACGUAGAGGAUCAGCAGGAUGGCGAAGAUGAACAAAGCCACCAGGAUAGCCUUGGUCACCGGAGAGAUGAGGGACUGCAUGUCACCCGCGGACCGCCGCCGAGGACAGACGACUCGAGAACUACACGGGGGCAGCGAGCGCGGACGGAUCCCGCGGCCCCGCCGCCGCCCCCGCCGCCGCCGCCAGCGACCCGGCGGGCAGCGGCGGCUGGCGCCGAGCCGGUGGCGGAGAGCCGGGGGCUGCCUCGCUCAGCGCCCCCGCUGCGGCGCUCGGGCGGGCGCGGCGGCUCCCGGGCGGGCGGGACGGGGCGGCGCGCACGGACACCUCGGCGCGGCGGGGCGCCCGGCCAUGGGCACCGCGGCCCCGCCGCGGCUCAAGCCCGCCCUGCGGCGGCGGCGGAGUGCGGCCGGGCGCCGGCAAACUUAGGCGCGGGGGCGGCCCAUGGGGGACAGGUGUCAAGCGCCCGGUUGCCCUGCAGGUCUCCGACGAAAGCCAUCCACGGGGGAGGGAAAGUUGCGGGCGGGACGCGGCGGGCGCCGCCGCCCCCGGCCCCAGAGGGAGCGUGCGGGGGCACCGGGAGCCGCGGGCAGCGCGGGCAGCGCGGGCAGCCCGGCCGCGGCAGCCCGAGACCGCGCCGGCCGGCGUGUCCCGCCCAGCCGAGGUGUUCCCUCCCCUGCCAGCCCUCGCCCCCUCCUCCCUCCUCCUCCUUCUCCUCCUCCACUGCCUCCUGCGGUCCCCCCGCCUCCCGCCGCCGCCGCGUCGCGGGGAGCCCCUCCGGCCGGGUCCGUGCUGUGGUUCUGACUGUAGCGGGGUGCGAGGGAACGGGAUUUUCUUUCCCUGUUCCCCGCGUCCGCCUGCAUUUGGCAUCUUCAUCACCCACAUUCCCCAUCUGAGACCGACCUGGAGCGGGAGCCGGCGGCGGGGAGGACGGCUGAGGCUUGUCUCCGUUUUCUAAGCAGAAAGGUCACCCCUCCCCACCUCCGAAAAAAAUAAAGGGUUUUUUUUUAAUUCAGGCAGGUCGGCAUGGGUCACAGCCUGCCAAGCUUCCCUCAGCGGCUCUGUGGCCUUUGGCAUAUGUACCAAAGGUGCACCAGGACAGAUAGCACGAAAAUAGGACAGGAAGAUGGAAAUUGGAUGAAAGAGGAUCGCUUGUAUAUUCACCCCCAGCAGCAGGUCUGGUUUAGCUUUCAACUCACCCCCGAAUUCUGCAGCGCCAGAAGUGCCCAUGUAGUGGCACAUCACGUGCACACCAACCUUGGCACUCAGCACCUGAAGUGUGUCCAGACAUCCGCCUGCCUGCCCCGCACAGCUGAUCAGGACCAGGCUUCCAGGCGAGGAGCCAGGUGCCCCAAGACCAGCCCUGCGCUGCGAGGCGACCAGAGAUGCAGGAACCCUUCCCUCAGGUCACCCGAGCAGGUGGCUGGUGAGGGCACCCUUGGUGGGACACAGGCUGCUCAUGUGAGUGAGAUGCUUCUGGUACAAUGCAAGGAGUUGCCACCUUUGAUCUCUAGUGGGGACAGACCAGGCGCAUCUUCACAGAAGGUUCUUGCUGGAUUUCAGUUCUGAGUGCAGUUGUAUCGAAAAUACAGAAAUACAGAAGAACAUCAUUGAACCAUGUAAGUAAGAAAGGGCUGAAAGAAACCGUCAUCCCCCAAGAAGGACAAGAGCAACUUUAUCAAGAGGGAGAAAGAAAGACUUAAACUUCAAUAUAUAAAAAGUGGAUAAAUUCAAGAAGAAGGAGCACUGUAACACAUUAGGAAACACCACUGAAGAUCCCACUUUACUUCAGAAGCAUGUCUUCCACUGACUUUACUGAUAGCAAGGUGGGCUGUUGCUACAGAAUACAAUAUUUUCCUCUGAAACCAAGAUCUGUGCUGACAUCAGUGGAAAAUUUCCUGCUAAUGGAGCAUAGGAUUAAGUAAGAUGAUUGUAUUUUUCACCUCAAUGAAAACAGAAAUCAUGCAGUUGCUUUCCUUAGCUCAUCUUUUGUAAAUAAUUAGCUAUACUGCAGUGAUAUUCCCUCUGGAAGUAUAAUUUAGCAGGCCAGAAAUUGUGAAAUGUAAAUAUUAGAGCUUAACAGUCUGUUUUAGUUGGAAAAUAUGACAGCAUUUGGCUAAGUUCUUUGAAUCCCCUGGACAAACCAGCAGUGCUUUUACUUAAACUUAGUCUUUAAAAUAAGAAAACAGGUCUGUCUAAUUUUGUAGGGGUACAAUUUGAGUAGCAAGAAAAUUAUUAGAUAUGAUUCAUAUCAUCACUUGAAUCAUUCUUAGCUUGAGGAUAAGAUUAUGAGUUCAUGUUCUGUAUUUGUGCUUGAAAGUUAUUUGUUACUAUUUUAUGUUUACUAAUAAACCAAUAAGAAAUUCUGUACCA